CUUAUAUAAAUCAAUGUAGAUUUCUGAAAUACUUUCAAAAGUUUUGGAUUUCUUAUUAAAUUUCCCCAUUUUAUAAUUUAUUCUUUCGGAUUUGUUCUUUUCUUAUCUCUUCCAUUUUGAUAACUUUCCUCCUCUGAAUUUUUAAGACAAAAUAGAUUUCUUCUUCUCUUUGUUUGACCCACAUUUUCUCUGGAAAAAAUUCGUCUACUUUCUCCGAUCGUCUCUUCAUUGAUCGGAAAACCAACAACGACCCAUUAUUCCUCUCCUGUUUCUGGCGCAAACCCUUGUAGCAAGUUUUGAUUUUGGUGAGAAAAUAUUUUAGGGAUCUGAAGAGAAAGAACACGAUGAUGACGAGUAUGGAAGGGAUGGUGGAGAAAGGAGUAUUGGAUGAUAUUAUAAGAAGAUUGUUAGAAGGUAAAGGAGGCAAACAGGUUCAGCUUUCCGAGAGCGAGAUUCGUCAACUCUGCUUUAACGCUCGUCAAAUCUUCCUCUCUCAACCUAAUCUCCUUGAUCUCCAUGCCCCAAUUCGCAUCUGCGGUGAUAUUCAUGGUCAAUAUCAAGAUCUUUUGAGGUUGUUUGAAUACGGAGGUUAUCCUCCUUCAGCAAACUAUCUAUUCCUUGGUGAUUACGUUGACAGAGGCAAACAAAGUCUUGAGACCAUAUGUUUGCUUCUUGCUUACAAGAUACGGUACCCAUCGAAGAUAUAUCUGUUGAGAGGGAACCAUGAGGAUGCUAAGAUCAACAGGAUUUACGGGUUUUAUGACGAGUGCAAACGGAGAUUCAAUGUACGACUCUGGAAGGUGUUUACUGAUUGCUUCAACUGUUUACCUGUAGCUGCACUUAUUGAUGAGAAGAUACUGUGUAUGCACGGUGGUUUGUCACCAGAUUUGGAUAAUUUGAAUCAGAUUCGAGAGAUUCAAAGGCCUAUUGAGAUUCCAGACAGUGGUCUUCUUUGUGAUUUACUUUGGUCAGAUCCUGAUCAGAAGAUUGAAGGUUGGGCUGAUAGUGAUCGAGGUAUCUCUUGCACUUUUGGAGCUGAUAAAGUCGCUGAGUUCUUGGAUAAGAAUGAUCUUGACCUCAUUUGCCGAGGCCAUCAGGUAGUAGAAGACGGGUAUGAGUUUUUCGCAAAACGGAGAUUAGUCACGAUAUUCUCAGCUCCAAACUAUGGUGGGGAGUUUGACAACGCUGGUGCGUUAUUAAGCGUUGACGAGUCUCUUGUAUGUUCCUUUGAGAUUAUGAAACCAGCCCCAGCUUCAAGCAGUCAUCCUCUCAAGAAGGACUUUCACAACAGAACCUUAGGUUAUAAUUUGAGUGCUUAGCAUGGACUUCAAAGUGUACAAUCUUAAGCAGUGGGAGCACUAUUGCAAUUUGGUUAGGCCACAAAGAGUUAACGCUCCUUAUGUUUCCGCACACGAUAACACCUAUUUUCUCUACAUUUCUCUUUAUCAGGUACCGAAGAUGGGGAAGUCUUGAAUAUCUAGUCCUCUCUAUGUCAAUAUCACGGUUCCACAGCUCAAGCUAGGCUCAAGAUUCUGAGUGUCAUUACAACUGUGUCUGUGUCUCCAAUUAUGGGUUGAAUGCAAUGAAGAACCCAAAGGGUACUUACUUAGUCAUCAAACAACUUCUGUAAAAAAACAAAAAAAGUGAGAAAACAAAAACACACUUUGUUUUCUUUGUAUAGAUGCAGAAAAUGAUCUGUCUUCUGCUUCUGGAGAUUUUAUCUCCUUAUUAGUCUCUCUUUUCUUUCUUCUUUUAGCCCUUUUAGUUUAAUAUAGUACCACUUAGAUUUUUUUUUCUCGGUUAUUUUUUUCCUUGUUGUACAAACCCUUUUGCAUAUCGUCAAGAUUCCACAUUUUCUUCA